AUAAGUUAGAAUCGGUGCACACUGACCUGCGAAACCAACGCUGCACGGGCCAGCACUUCACCGGGCUGUCACGCAACUCGGGAGCCGGCACGACGCACUCGUACUGCACCAGUCCGAACAGUUCGCAGUCCCUCGCCAGGUCAAUCCGACGGCCGUCGGCGGGUUUUCGCACCUUGCCGUCGGGGCCGAUUUGCGCGAGUGAGGGCAAUUUCUGUGCCGGGAACAACUGGCAGGGCGGGGCCAUUGCUUCGGCGGGUUCUCAGGCUCGGCAGACUGCGCGGGCGAUGCAAACGGCACGGAGCGCGGCGGCAGCGAGCCUCGGCUCCCGCCUGCUCGGAGAGAUCGAGGAGACGACCCUGGAAGAGGUGCUGGCCUCGCUCCGAACAAGCUUCGCAACUUCGACCAAGACCGACAACAACAACAGCGGGAACGAUGGCAACGCCGCUUUUGCGCCCACAGCGGGCCCGCAACUCAAAACAUUUCCAAUUGGGCCCCUCAAUGAGCUCGUCGGCCGCCAUUUCCGGGCCACGCAGUCGGCCCCGCUGGCUGUCACCGGCCGCCACCGCGAGCUGCUCUACGUCCUCGUUGCCACCCUGGUCUCCCCGCCCUAUGAGAAGGCCGUAAGCAUUGUUGACUUCGAAGGCUGCUUCGAUCCUGUCCGACUUCUCUCCACGUCUCCCAUCGAAGAGCCAGCGGCCACGCGAACGACUGCCACAACGACAACCGCCCUGCCACCGCGGCCUUCCCUGCAGCGCGCCGACUUGGACCACGUCCACAUCCUACGGCCCGCUCGCGGCAGCUUCGCACACGUCGCCGACUGCCUCGCAUCCAUCGAGGACUACAUGCUCUACGGCUCACACCGCAGCCGCGGCCGGGAAUGGUGGGGCACGGUGGUCAUCGGGGGCGGCUUGAACCCCGCGGGAAGCGCCUCGGCCACGGCCUCCGCCUCCAGCCAGGUCGCCGUCACGGCUGACUGGAAGGGCUGGCUGCGCAUCGACCGGGCAGCGGUCCCGACCUUCGCGGACAUGAGCGCCGAGGAGGCGCUGGCCGACCGGGACAGGAGGCAGGUGGCGGUCGAAGACGCCGGCUGGGUGGCUACCUCCCCGUGGGGAGGCUUCACGAUCGGCAGGAGGGAGAGAGACGGUUCCACCGCUCACUCCUGUAGCUGACGCCAUGCUCGGGCCAUGCCAUGCUCUCAUGGUGGCAUUGAUGACCACUGGUCCAUGGGAUAGGCUGGGAGAGCGCACCCCGGGAAGGCCUCGGGCACCAACCGAGCUUGUCUGGUCGGCGUGCUGCCGAUACGAGGAUAACCCCCGGAAGCCGUUACGAUCCACAGGCA